GCUCGCGGCGCCGCUGGGCAGUCGGGUGUCCGCGCGAAACCCCAACGGUUCUGCCGUCCCGAGGUGUUCAGCUCACGGCGUCUCAUCAGCGCCUUUCCUCUUGGGAGAGAGCUGGGACUGCUCAGCCUGAGGAGGCAGGCCCCCUUCUUACAGACCUCCGGAAGCUGCCUGGACGUGGGCCUGGGCACUCUGCUCAGGUUGAGCUGGGUGGACCCACGGAGCUUUGCCAGCCUCAGCCCUUCUGGGGUUCUGUGAAAGUAAUGGCUGCAUUGCGGCGUACAGACGUUGUUCUGGAAGUAGGCCCUGGAACUGGUAACCUGACCGUAAAGAUGCUAGAGAAAGUGAAAAAAGUUAUUGCUUGUGAAAUUGAUCCCAGACUUGUGGGUGAACUUCAGAAAAGAGUCCAAGGCACGUGUCUGGCAAACAAACUUGAAAUCAAGGUUGGAGAUGUCUUGAAAACAGACUUACCAUUCUUUGAUGCGUGUGUAGCCAACUUGCCUUACCAGAUUUCUUCGCCAUUUGUUUUCAAGUUAUUGCUUCAUAGACCCUUUUUCAGAUGUGCAAUACUUAUGUUUCAAAGAGAAUUUGCACUUCGUUUGGUUGCAAAACCAGGAAGUAAGCUGUACUGCAGACUUUCUAUUAAUACUCAGUUAUUAGCUCGAGUGGACCAUCUGAUGAAGGUUGGAAAGAACAACUUCAAGCCACCUCCUAAAGUUGAAUCCAGUGUUGUCAGAAUAGAGCCAAAGAACCCACCACCACCCAUCAACUUCCAGGAAUGGGAUGGUCUGGUAAGGAUAGCCUUUGUUAGGAAAAACAAGACGCUCUCUGCAGCCUUCAAGUCAAGUGCUGUAGAGCAGUUGCUGGAUCACAAUUACCGAAUUCAUUGUUCCUUACAUAAUGCAGAAAUACCUGAAAAUUUCAAAAUUUCAGAGAAAAUACAGACAGUCCUAGAAGAUACAGGUUACUCUGAAAAACGAGCCCGCUCCAUGGAUAUAGAUGAUUUCAUUCGACUCUUGCAUGGCUUCAACUCAGAAGGCAUCCAUUUCUCAUAGACUUUACCAGAAGAGUGAAAGAUCUACUGUACUUACUUCUGUAAGCCUUACCUAAUCCCACGUGACUGAAAAGGGAGAAGCUCUUCUCACAAAAGCAGCAGAAUAUAGCAUUCACAUUUUGGUUCCUAUUAAGAAUAAGAUGUGCUAUUUUAUCACAGACAAGAGAAGAUACUACUCCAUAUUUUAAAAGCAUUCAGUUCGUUCAUGGCUGAAGUGCUGGACUUCCACACAAAACUGUAUUUUUCAGUAUACUCAAAGACACGGAGAUUGAUACUGCCAUAACUGAAAUCUGUAUUCACUGAUCAUGAACUUCAUCUCAGUAUCUUCCUACAAUAUGGUAUAAUCUGAUCCGGCAACAAAAAUGGAUUUGUAGUAUUUCCAGUUAAAUGCUUCCUUUUGAUUUGAAAUGACCACGUCUUCCAUUUGUCCUCCAGGAGCCAAUGGCAUUCCAAGGAUUAAGGAAAUCCUACUGAGUGUAUUUCAGAAACAAGAGCAUUUGUCUUAUGGGCUUUGUAUGAGUUAUGAAAACAUCAUACAACAUACAUGAGGCACCUAA